UACUUUUGUUCGUUUAGGAGAGGAAGAUGAGCGAGGUACAUUUAGCAAUAUACUCUAUAGCGGACCUGUGUCUUGCUCCAAUUGAAACAAUUAUAACUCUCUUUACUAUAAAAUAUUGUGAAUCUUCCGUUGACAUCAAACUGAUACUAAGCGAGCAAGAUUUGACGGAACGAGCAUACACGAUAGAUCUCUCAAAUUUUGUCUACAAGGUUGUGAGCGUAGAUGAAAUACCUUAUUACGCCAGCUUCUGCGAAUUACCAAAUAUCGCUAUAAAUAAAGACAGCUGCGUGGCUGGUUUGUGUACGGUCUUGAGGCAAAUUGUGAAAGACAAGGCAAAUGCAGACUGCGACAUCAUAAGUUCGAUGCGGUAUUACACGCUGUUAGGAUUUAAGGGUUCCUGCUUAAUGGCCUGCUCCGAGGCCAGUGUGUGGACAAAAUUUUGCGAAGUUGAUUUGAUUUUAACUUUAAAGUCGUUAAGUGUAAAAAAUUUAGAGAAGUCCGAGUUGCCUAUCAGCUUGGCCAGAUUCGAGUGUCACAUGUCUCAACCGGUUAGACUGCAUAAUUUGUACAAAUAUACAAUGUGCAAGAAGUUCGCUGCGCUCAACAUAGCUAAAGAAAUCGAGACGAGUUUGCUGGAACACACGUACGCGGAGGGUUCAUGUAUCACAUUAGCUGAUAUAAUCAUAUUCGUGUGCGUACACAUCCUGCUCGGCACAUUUUCAAGCCAGAUGAUACCAAAAUUGGUGCCCUUGACGGCCAAAUGGUACAACAGAAUGUUAACGGAUGAAUUCAUAAUAAAAUGCUUAAGCUGUUUACCGCUGAAGAGCGAUGGCUUGAGCACGCUCCAGUAUACACUUCCGGUGGUAGUGAAUGAAAGUUUGUACAAGAGCGAUCCCAAACGGUACAAGCCGAAAAGUCGCAUUUACACAAGGCAAGAGGACAUAGAGCGCUCGUUGCAAUUGGUCGGAGAUAUGAAGGUCUCGAUGGAACUUGAUGUCGCACCGUUUGGUAUCGAGAUCGACUUGAACUGGUCCGACGUGCCUUUCGAUGCAACGCCGGAGGGCGGUUCGUUACCGCCCGCGCGGUUGCAACGGAAGCAGGAACAACUGCAGAACCUGUGUAAACCCGUUUUAAAGUUAGCGAAGGCAGGCAAUACCAUCGUGGACUUCUGCUCGGGUAGCGGACAUCUGGGAAUAUUGAUAGCGUACUUGUUGCCUCGUUGCACGGUUAUUCUGCUAGAGAACAAAGAAGAGUCUUUGAACAGGGCCAAGCAGAGGGUACAACGGCUGAAAUUAACGAAUGUAAGGUUUUGCCAGUGCAACUUGGAUUACUUCAAAGGAGAUUUCGACAUUGGUACGUCGCUACAUGCCUGUGGUUUAGCGACAGACCUGGUUAUACAGUGCUGCAUACAGAAGAACGCGAUUUUUGUGAGUUGCCCGUGCUGCUAUGGCUCGCUGCAAGAUUGUCACCGAUUGACGUAUCCACGAAGUGAAAUUUUUAAAGGCUGCAUUAGCAAUAGGGAAUACUCGUUUCUGAGUCACGCUGCUGAUCAGACACACGACAAACAAAAUGUUAAGACCAAGCAAGGCUACAAGUGUAUGACGAUCAUAGACACGGACAGGAAGCUAUUUGCUGAACAGUUUGGAUACAAAGUUCAUCUUGCAAAACUAGUUCCGGAAACGUGUACACUUAAGAAUCAUUUGUUAGUAGGGAUACCAAAAGAUAAGCUACUACAUAGCAACACAUGUGAGAAUUAAUUGUUCUAUUAUCAUAAACAAUUGUUUUAUGUAGUACUUUUACAUCGUUGUCAGUAGCGUCAUUGAUUAAUUUGAGAUCGUGAAUUAUAGAUAUUUCGAUUUCAAUAUGCAAGCAUUUCAUUCGACUGCAAUAGAAAAUUGUUUAAUAAAAUAAAUGUAAUAAAGUUGUUUAAUGUAAUAAUAAAAAAA